AAUGAUUGGAUCAUGGUUCCCGCCGCAUUAUGCUCUCUUCUCUUUACUCCAUUCUUCUACAUGUAUAUCAAGCUAGGAUACUUCGGCUGGCGCCAUGAAGACGUACCGAAAGACUACGAGCCAUCCCAGGGCCUUUAUUGGUUCUACAUCGCGCAACUGUUCUACAACCCUAUCCUUGCCUUAGUCAAGUGCUCGAUACUUGUGUUUAUCCUACACAUUGGUCGCACUCGCAAAGGCUUACCUUGGAUGGUGUACACAGGCUUAGCAAUCACGGUUCUCCAUGCCAUUAGCGUUUUCUUUGCAGUACUAUUCUCUUGCGUCCCGAUCGCCGCGAUUUGGACCCGAGCCUGAAGCCCCACGCGCAAUGCAUUGACAAUUCUUUCCAUGUCAUCAUCUCCAGCAUCACCGUACUGACGGAUAUCCUGGUACUCGUGCUCCCGUUCUACGUUUUCUUGGGUUUACAAAUGCGUCGCCGUACGCAAAUUGCCGUGUUGUGUUGUUUCGCUUUCGGCGCC